UGGCAGGCGCCGACGCCGACGCGGCCAGCUGCGGCUCGUCCUCGCAGAUGCGCCCGACGGCGUCGACGCCCUCGGCGUCGACGCCGCGGGAGCAGCAGGCCUACGAGCGAUUCGCGCCCUCCGUCCUCGGGAGGAGCCACGGGCCUCAGCACCCCCACCAGCGAGAGCACGGACCACACGCAGCGGGCGAGCACUCUCUCCUACAACUCCGCCACGGAGGAGACCCGACACGCCUCCGCCGAGCAGUGUCCCGGCGCGGCGGCGGCACGGCACCGCCUCGCGCCACGGCGCGGCGCCCCAGGCCGCCCUGACGCAGGACGACGCCGCCACGACCGAGCUGCUCAUGAACGUGCUGCAGGCCCAGACCACCCUGCUCUCCGCGCUAGGAGCGGUUUUGGCACGCCGCAGCCCGGCGGCGCGGCGCCCGCCCGGGCUCCGGGCGCGCCCUCGCUUGGUCCGCCCGCGCUGGACGCCCGCUCGCUGUUCGAGGCGCUGCAGGCAGCCAGCCAGGAGGACGAGACCGCCUCUCCAGCUGCUCCCCCUCGAGCCCGUCCAGGGGCUCCAGCGGCUACACGCUGCCCGACCGGCGAUGACCGCCGCGCCUUGCCGGCGACGAGCGCGGGGCGGAGCCACCGGCGCUCCCCCCCGCGGCCGCCCCGCCCUGGGCGGCGGCGCACCAUCCACCCUGAGACCCCGGCGUUGCAGUGUGUGUUCUUGCCCUGAUACGGCCGUUCUGAAACGUAGCACGUGCCGUGUUCAAAGCGUCCGCGUCAACAAGCUGCGUGUUGGCUCACAACGUGCUGGCUCAAGGUUUGGCGAACGUAUCGCGUCCGG